AGAUAAUGGACGGGUUCGAGGGGAUCGUGUACCAGGCGAUGGAGGAGGCUCAGAAACAGAAGGAACUCGCAAAAGCUGAGAUCGAGAAGAUUCUGAAGGAGAAAGAGCAGCUGACUGCAGACCUGAGCUCCAUGGAAAAGUCUUUCUCUGACCUGUUCAAGCGGUUCGAGAAACAGAAGGAGGUGAUCGAGGGGUACCGCACGAACGAAGAGUCGCUGAAGAGAUGUGUGGAGGAUUACAUAGCAAGAAUUGAAAAGGAGGCCCAGCGGUACCAGGCCCUGAAGGCCCACGCGGAGGAGAAACUCCAGCGCGCCAACGAGGAGAUCGCCCAGGUGCGCAGCAAGGCCCAGGCGGAGGCCUCGGCCUUCCAGGCCAGCCUGAGGAAGGAGCAGACGCGCGUCCAGUCACUGGAGAAGACGGUCGAGCAGAAGACUAAGGAAAACGAGGAACUGACCCGAAUCUGUGAUGACCUCAUUUCCAAGAUGGAGAAGAUCUGACCAGGAGGCCCCUUCCCAGCACCCCUGCCCCGUCUGUCUGUCUGUCUGUCUGUCUGUGGAAGGUGUCGUGUUCCUUCUUUUUUCUUAACUUCAGCUCGUUUUUAAAUUAGGUUGCUUUAACAAGAAGACUAAUAAAGUUUUCCUUCAGUUCAA